AUAGCAUAUAAUGUUUUGGAUCAAAUUUUCCUUCUCUGCCUUUAUAAGAUCUCUCUCUUCUCAUCCCCUUCUCUCUGCUUUACCUUCACUGAAGUCCUAUUCCCUCUCCAUUAGUAGUGACUACUGGCCUGCUUCCUACUUGGUCUCCCUACUCAUUUCUCAUUUUAGUCCAUUCUCUACAUUGCUUCCCACUGAUUUUCUUUCAGCAUAGGUCCAACCAUGUCCCUGCUGUCCUUGGUAAGCUCCCUGUUGCUUCUAGGUUCAAGCCUGACCCCAGCCUAGCCUUCCAGCCUCAUUCUACAUUACUGCCACCUUCCCAGUCACCCAGGAUUGUAGCUGAGGUGUCAUCCUUGACUCCCCACUAUCUCUCACCCUCUCAGGUGACAGUUCUUGUAUAUACCCCCUUCUUUCCUUUAGCACUGCCAUCACACUCACGUAGGCCCUUAUCAUCUCACAUCUGGACUAUCUUUGCCAGAAAUCUCUUCCCAUUAGAAUCCAUCCUGCACUUAGGUGUCAAAAUGAUCUUCCUAAAGACGGGUCUAAGCAUAUCAUUUCUAGAUAGAGCUAAUUUACAACAAAUGGCUUGUAUUCUAUUUAAUUUCUAGCUCCUAUAAACUGAGAAUGUGUUCUCUAAUAAUAUAUGCAUUGCUCCAAAAGAACAAAAAAGAGAUACUCAAUGGAAUUCAUUGAGAUUGGAUUUGAAUAGUAUUAGAAAAGACACAAUUGGCUGUCUAUACAUCUUUUUCCUUUAAUGUUCGCAUAAUGAAUUUUGAAACAUGAGCCAGACUUUAUAAUUUUUGCUUUACCUUUUUUUUUCUGGACCCCCCCAACCCAAAAACAAUGAAUGAAUUAUGAUUAGUAAAUUGGAAGUGUCAGAAGAGAAUCUCUGUGGGCCUACAGGUAGGCAUACAUUUUAAAAAUGGAAAAUGACGGUUUAAAAAAAAAGUAAAAAUGAAGGAAGAUUGUAAUUUUUUCUCUGUGUGUUUACGUCUGUGUGUUCAUAUACUUGUGAAUUUACUGUUUUGGGGAAUUCUUGGUAUGGAAACAUUCACCAUUGAUGCAAAUCUUCAACUUGUCUAACUUGUCAUUUUUUAAAGUUUCCUGGGAGACUAAGAGGUUAAGUGAGUCAUCUUUGCUUAAGAAGAUGUGUGUGUCAAGGGCAGGAUUUGAAUCUAUAAGUGCAGCCCUCUUUCCACUAUUUUGUGUUGCUUUAAGCUAUAAAAUAUAUGAGGCCUGUAAAAGCAGAAGGAACUCGUACUUUAUUUGCAAGGCACAGAGCUCCUAUUUAACGGGCUACAUUCUGACCUUUUUACUUGUUCAAGCAUUAUCAAAUACUUAAAUUGUCGCCCUGUAUGGCCUGCUUUUCUUGCUAUUUUCUGACAUUCAGUUUACAGUUACUCAAGGCUGAGAUAUACACACUGAGAAUAGAAGUAAAGGGAUUAACAAAGAAUUAUUCUUUUAUUACUGAAGUUAUACAAAAUAGCAAGUAACAAUAUAUUUUGGGCAAUAAAUAGAUGUUUUCAUCUGAUUUGAAUGGAAAUGUUAGGGAACAGACAGCUAUGAUUUGCAUAGUACAAUCCAGAAGAUGGAAAGUGGGAUUGUUCUGGUAUUUCUAAAUUCCAGAUAUUAAUUUAAAUCUUUUUAGAAUAAAUAUUUGACAUAGAGUGUAAAUGUAAACUAGAGGUUUAAUUCAGCUAAAAAAAAAUAGGAACUGUAUCUUUAAAAAAAAACUCUGUUUACCUGUCCUCUUCUAGUAGGAGUGGCUUAGGAACCAGUUGAGUGAGGUAUUACUUCCAAUUCUGUAUACCAGCUACCUGAAGAGAAAGCUGAUGCUACAGACCAGGAAGUUAGAAAUAAAUAAGCUUAAAACCACACCAGAACUUGUCUUUUAUAAAUAAAAGCAUCCCAUGACAAAAUAAGGAGACUGGAAAUAGCAAAUUUAUGCUUUUCAUUAAAUGUCUGGAGCCCUUGUGAUAACUGAAGUGUUUUGUGACUUACUUGGAUUACAAAGCUUCCUACGCCGAAAAUUGAUCUUCUGACUUUUGAAACUUAACUGAUAUCUUCGUGGCUCAUCGUUAAACAAACCUCUGGGUGAAACAUUGAGACUGUCCUUUGUUCAAAGAGCUUGACCAAACAGGAAUUCUGGCAGUUGGUCCAGCAGAGCUAUGGCACUGAGCUUGGUCUGAAUGCUAAGGAGAUGGAAAACAUGUCAUUGACACUUGAAGACAAUGAGCAGCCAAGAAGUCCGGGAAGAAGCAGCUUGGAUGAAUCUAGGGAAAGAGAUGAAAAAUUAUCAAGAUCAAUCAGCUUUACUCGUGAACCCAUUAGUAAGGUUCCAGAGACAGAAUCAUUUAAUGGAAGUACACCCAAAAUGGGAUUACGGAAAGAGGAUUCCAUGAGUCCCAAACAGGACAAGAAGAGCCCUUUACUGAUUUCAGAAAGAAAAUUAAAUAGAUCCCCACCUAAGGCCCUGGACCUGAACAAGAAUGAAUACCUUUCUCUGGAUAAAAGCAGUACUUCAGAUUCUGCUGAUGAAUUUGAAGAAAAUAUUCCUGAGAGAGACCUCACUGGAAGACUUUUUAUAAACCACGUUUUUCAUAUCAGUGCUGAUAGAAUGUUUGAAUUGCUUUUCACCAGUUCACAUUUCAUGCAGAAAUUUGCCAAUUCCAGGAAUAUAAUAGAUGUAGUUUCUACCCCUUGGAAUGUUGAAACUGGUGGUGAUCAGCUAAGAACUAUGACAUAUACUAUAGUUCUCAACAAUCCGUUGACUGGAAAAUUCACCUCAGCCACUGAAAAGCAGACACUAUAUAAAGAAAGUCAGGAAGCUCGAUUUUACUUAGUAGAUUCAGAAGUUCUGACACAUGAUAUUCCUUAUCAUGAUUAUUUCUACACUUCGAGUAGAUACUGCAUCACUCGUUCUUCAAAACAAAAAUGCAGGCUACGAGUUUCUUCAGAUGUAAAAUAUAGAAAACAACCAUGGGGUCUUAUAAAGGCUUUAAUCGAAAAGAAUUCUUGGAGUUCAUUGGAAGAAUAUUUCAAACAACUUGAAUCAGAUCUGUUAAUGGAGGAAUCUUUGCUCAAACAGUCUGUGGAAGAUCCUGUAAAACCCAGUGGCUUACGGAGGAGAAGACGGCCCUGUAAUCGAAAUGUGGCAGAAAUGCUUCCUAAACACUCUUCUCCACACCCCCCAGGGGCCAUAGGCCUGGACUCCAAGGGAGACAAUAAAGGAAGAAAAAGAGAAGCAGAAAGCCAUCACACUGUUAUCAUUGUGAUGAUGAGUGUCUUUUUGCUGUUGCUAGUCUUGUUGAAUGUGACCCUCUUUCUCAAGCUGUCAAAGAUAGAGCAUGCUGCUCAGUCAUUUUAUCAUCUCCAUGUUCAGGAAGACAAAUCUGGGAAUUUACCCUCUAAUAUGGUAUCAAGAGGAGAAAACACUGAGAAGAACAAAGAUCAAUCCCAUCGCUUGAAAGGAGUACUUAGAGACUCCAUAACUAUGCUUGAACAGCUGAAGAGCUCCCUCAUUAUGCUCCAGAGAACCUUUGACCUCCUGAAUAAGAACAAGACAAGCAUUGCUGUUAAGAGCUAGCCAUUUCAGGACCUAAAAUUCUUAUGAACUGAGACAAUGAAUGAAGAGAUUUGGAAAUCAUCCAGAGAAGAAGGAUUUCACUUGUCACAGCAACAUCUGCAAUAGGCUCCCCACCCUCCAUUGAUUUCUUGUAUUUUCAAUAGAAAAUGUAUUUUUAAUAUUUAUUUAAUAAUUAUGGCAACUUAUGACACGGAAUAUAUCCUUUUAUUUCUCGCAUAUAUUUCUAAGCUGUGAAUUUCUAGAACAAACAUGUAAAAUUACUGUACUCUUGAACUUCUGUGAUUUAUAUUUAAAAAGGCAAAGCACUUUGAAUUGUGACCCACUACUUUCUCUAGUGAGGGUUGAUUUUUUUGUUGGCACUGAUUGAAAAAGAUAAUGUGAAGUGAUGUGUUUUUCUACCAGAGAUAUUACCUGUUUCAUGAAAGCAACAUCAGAAAAAAACCUCUUUAUUCUUGUUAAAGGAAAGGUAUAAAUCCUUUUCAUGAGUUAUUUCUGUUUAUUCACUAUAAACAUUUUUUAUAAUUCUUCCAUUAUUCAGUGUGGAAGUUCAAUAGUUAAAUCCUUUUGGGUUUGAGCCUGAGUGAUAACUUUUCCAAAGAUCUGGCCAGUUCCUCUGAUGUGGCUAGUAAUUCUAUAAAGAAAUAUUUCCUUUUUAUAUAAAUGGCUGUCGGAGGUGACAAAACCGUGGCUCUUUAUGUGAAUAAUGGCAGAGCAGCUUUUUAGGCAGACUGAAUGGGAAAGUAGAUUAUCAGAAAAGAAAAUGAAGAUUCCUGCUCUGAGACUUAAAAGCAGAACAUUCUGCUGUUAAAUCUAGGCAUGCAUUGAUGGAUAAGGACGACUUGAACCACCAGCUUGUCUUUAACUUAGGCUCUCCCCAACUGAUGGAAGUGAGCCAGCUGAUUGUAAAUAAUUUCAGGCUUACUUUCCAGUGACCAUAGAGGUCAUAAUAUUUUUUGUGUAUGUAGGUGCUUUGUUUUAGCAGAUAAAAUACAAAUUAGACAAGUCUUGGCUCUUUCAUUCUGACUUGACUUGGUCGGAAAGUAUGUAUGCACUUUGCCCCCCCCCCCCCCCCCCCAAUUACAUGUAGAAAUAAUUGUUGACAGUUGUUUCCUGACAUUUUGCAAUUCAUAUUCUCUCCCUUCCUCCCUCCUUCUUUCAGAGGCGGCGAAUAGCCUGAUAUAGGUUUAUGCCAGUGCUUUCAAUAUAUAUGCAUUCUUGUACACGUGUGCUAUCCUUUCUGAACAGAAUAAAAACCAAGAGUUUUCUUCAGGAGUUACUGUGUUGAAAGAGAAAGCUCUGGGUUUUUACCCUGGGACGCUAGAAUAACAUUGGAUGAGAGUUUUCUUUCAUAAAUUUUUAUUCUAGUGGAUGAGCAGUAGGUUUGAGUUAAUAAGCCUUCCCUGAUUUCCAGUCACAGAAGCCCCAUGGGAUUAUUAUAGUCUUUCCUGAAGAGGCCAGUCAAGAAUAGAAAUCCUGACUGUAGGGGAAAUUGUGGUUGUCUUCCUUCUCUACAGGUAGUAGUUUUGGAAUGCCUGUAGUGAGGAGUUUCCCAGGGUGGAGUGGAGACUAGAAACAGCAGUUACUGAAUUUUCCAGUGAGAACUCAAUGGUGGGAGAUGUUUGCUAUGGUCACAAGAAGGAUAAAUAACAAACUGAACACUUUCUGUGGUGCUUCAUCAGCUGUAGAGAUUGUCCUUACUAUAUACCUCAAAGAAAAUGAUCAAAUUGAGUUACUUUGCAAAUUUAGACUAAAAUUUUAUGUACAAGUUAUGAAAUUUUAAAGAAAAUUUGAACUUGUCACAUAAAUUGAGUAUCAAUAAAACAGUUAAAAUUCCUGAA